AUGCUCCCAAAUCAGAAUCAGAAAGAAAGAAUGGUGGAAAAGGGGUCAUGGUCUUGCAAACGUGAAGAUCUGUUUUCUCCGUGUAAUUGUGGCUCAAGCAAAGAACAGAAAAGGCCAGCAUCACCAAGUAUGUCUGCUCAUUGUUUCAAGAGCAGCAAUGUAGAUUCUAGCAGUUGUGAGCUUUGUGCAAAUGAUAGUAUCUUAGGAGACAAGAGUUUGAUGGAGGAUGAUAAUGUCUCUCAAUAUUCAAUUAAUCAUAUAUCGCAACCUGACAAUGAGCUUAGCUUUCUUGAUACUGAUAGAUGGCUUGAUAUAGACAGCUUUGAAGAUGUUGAUAGGAUGAUGUUAAAUUAUGACUCAACUUUUGGAAUGGGGGGCCUCAAUAAUGAAGAUGAAUUCUGCUGGCUCUCACAUGGAACUGAAGGACCCGAUGGCGAUGCCCUGAAAUCUGACUUCAAGUUUUCACAUGCUGGUGCAAGUCCUUUGAAAAGUAUAUCAGAAUCAGAUUAUAUUAUGGAUCUGAAGGACAAUAUUGAAGGUCUGCCAAUUCUUGAUUGUGACAAAAAACCAUCUCCUUCUGAUAAAAAUCUGAGGUGUGAAAUGGAUGUUGAUCUUGAUGCUGUUCCUACUUCAUUGUCAACAUUUGGGGAAUCAGACACGAAGUCGGGUAUUACAAAUGACUUGAUGCCUGAACAAAAGAUACAAGGACAACUGUUAAAGCAAUCAGCGGGAAAGAGAAAAAAUAGUUGUCUAAAAGAUGGUGAUUCUGAUCAUCCUUAUGCCCACGAGGAGCAACAUGCAAAUCUGAAACAACCCUAUGAAGCCUCUUCUAGUGGGGUCACUACCCAGAAUAGCAUUCACAAGCAAAACAUGGAUUCUGAUUCUAUGGAUUGUGUACAGAUGCAAACUCCCUCAAUGCACCCAAAUUGCAGCUAUACUUCAAAUUAUACACCUCUCCUUCCUGCCUUGUCUGGAUCAAGGUCUGAACACGAUGAAUAUCCAUCUUCUUUUAAAGAAUCACCAUAUGCAUCAAAUAUGGAGAAUUCUCAUGGUCAUCCUUUGGAGGCUACUGCCUUGAAAACAAAUUAUAAGGAAGAAAAUCAAUAUCUUCACAAUGAUGCAAAACUUACAAGUAGGGCUUUCAAAAGUGAAAAUACGCAGAAUCCUAUGCAAUUGAAAAGUCCAGGUUCAGCUCAGAAGGUAGGACGUCAGUUUGAAAAUUUGAAAGAAGGCCAUAGUGAAGUUGGAGAAGUUAGCACAGGAUUUUCACCAGAAACAGAAUCAUCAAAUGUACAGGAAAGUUCAUCUAUGAGCUUUGCGUUGGAUGGAAUCUCACAUGAAGCAGCUAGCUUUUGCCAGUUGCAACAGGUCCUGGAUCAGUUGGACGUUAAAGUAAAACUAUGCAUAAGGGACAGCCUAUACCGCUUAGCCAAAAGUGCUGACCAAAGACAUAUUGAUGCCAAUGCAAGUGCUUUAAUGGGCGAUGAUGUUGAAGCAUCUAAAGGAGUAAUGACACAGGAUGCUAACAGGUGUACAGGAUUUGUGAACAUGGAAGCUACUACAAAUCCCAUUGAUCGGUCUAUAGCUCACUUGCUGUUUCACAGGCCCUCAGAUUCAUCAAUGUUGCCUCUUAGUGAUACUCUACCUUCAAAAUCUUCAAAAUCCAGUUCCAUGAUACACGGAUCUGCGACCAACCCACCAAUAUUUACUGAGAAACAGGUUUGUCAGGAAGAAUCUGCUUCUGGAGUAGAAAAUAAACCUUGA